AUGUGGUUUAAUAAGAGUAGUGACUUAGAGUCAGAUAUUGAUGGUGUCAUGUUGGUAUAUGUGAAAAAAGGGAUUGGGGGAGAAGUCAGAGUUACUAUCUCUGGCCAGGCCGCUCUGGCGGGAGGAAUCCCACUGUGGCGAGGCCGCCAGAGCGAGAUAGGUCCUGACACAGCAGGACAGUAUAGUUAUGAGAAUAACAAUAAUAACAACAAUAAUAAUAAUAACAAUAACAACAACAACAACAAUAGUAAUAACAAUAACAAUAACAAUAAUAACAACAAUAGUAAUAAUAAUAACAACAACAACAACAAUAAUAAUAACAAUAAUAAUAACAACAACAAUAAUAAUAACAACAACAAUAAUAAUAACAACAACAAUAAUAAUAACAACAACAAUAAUAACAACAAUAACAAUAAUAACAAUAAUAACAAUAAUAAUAAUAAUAAUAAUAAUAAUAAUAAUAAUAAUAAUAAUAACAACAACAAUAACAAUAACAACAAUAGCAAUAACAACAAUAAUAACAAUAAUAAUAACAAUAACAAUAAUAAUAACAAUAAUAAUAAAAAUAAUAAUAACAAUAAAAAUAAUAAUAAUAACAAUAAUAAAAACAAUAAUAACAACAAUAAUAAUAAUAACAGUAAUAAUAACAAUAAGAAUAACAAUAAUAACAACAACAAUAAUAAUAAUAACAAU